AUGGAUGCUGCCAGGAGAGGAGAUGCACAGAGAGUGGUCUGGACCACCGGAUGGCUGCUGCUGCUGCCGCUACUGCUGUGUGAAGGAGCGAAGGCCCUGGAGUGCUACAGCUGCGUGCAGAAGGCGGAUGACGGAUGCUCUCCGCACAAGAUGAAGACCGUCAAGUGUGGUCCAGGAGCUGACGUCUGCACCGAGGCGGUGGGGGCGGUGGAGACCAUCCACGGGCAAUUCUCUGUGGCGGUGCGGGGCUGUGGUUCCGGACUCCAGGGUAAGAAUGACCGUGGAUUGGACCUUCACGGACUCCUGGCCUUCAUCCAGCUACAGCAGUGCACCGAGGACCGAUGCAACGACAAACUCAACCUCACCUCGCGAGGCCUCAACCCUGCAGGCAACGAGAGUGCCUAUGAGCCCAAUGGCGCAGAGUGCUACAGCUGCCUGGGGAAGAGUCGCGAGGAGUGCCAGGGCACCAUGCCUCCAGUUGUGAACUGCUACAACGCCAGCGGCCGCGUUUACAAGGGCUGCUUCGAUGGCAACGUCACCUUGACGGCAGCCAAUGUGACUGUGUCCUUACCUGUCCGAGGCUGCGUCCAGGAUGAGUCCUGCACCCGGGAUGGGGUGACGGGUCCAGGAUUCACACUUAGCGGCUCCUGUUGCCAAGGGCCCCGCUGUAACUCUGACCUCCGCAACAAGACUUAUUUCUCCCCUCGAAUCCCACCCCUAGUCCUACUGCCCCCUCCAACCACCUUAUCCCCGUCCACUUCAGUCCAGACCUCCUCCAGCACUACCUCUACAGGCGCCCCAACCACGACCACCUCUACUACCAAGCCCACCUCAGCCCCAGCUAACCACACUCCACCCCAUGAAGUAGAACAUGAUACUGCACGAGAAGAGGAGUCCCGUUUGACUGGAGGUGCUGCGGGCCACCAAGACCGCAGCAAUAUGGAGAAGAAUGCCCCAAAAGGUGGGGCUAAUGAAGGCCCUGUGUUUCUGGGGUCUGGGUUGCCAGCUCUUCUCUUGACUGUGGUUGCCGGUGCGCUGCUAUGA